AUGCCCCUCAAAGACAGCUAUUGCUUGCAAUGGCUGCGAGAAAACCUUCUUCUAAUCCUCAUAAUGGUCGGAGUCCUGAUAGGUUUUCUGUUCGGAAUUUUGGUCAACGACACAGUUCAGAACUCGACAGAUCCUACUCCGAAAGAAGCGGCCAUGUAUAUAUCAUUCCCUGGGGAAAUAUUUCUUCGUAUGCUGAAAUUGAUCAUUCUGCCUCUCAUUGUAUCGAGCAUUAUUGUUGCCGUGGCCGUUUUGGACAAUAAGUCAACGGGAAAGCUUGGGAAACGAGCUGUUAUUUACUAUAUGUCAACUACAGUUCUCGCUGUGAUACUUGGUAUUGUUUUGGUAUCAUCUAUCAAACCUGGUGCAACGAAGUCAGCUGGGAAAUCUGAAGAGCAGCAACAUGUUGAAGCCGUUCAUUCUAUAUUUGAUUUGAUAAGGUACCUGAUAUUGAUAAAGCAUUCAAAUUUUUAACGUGCCAAACAUGAACAUAAUAAGUAAAAUUCUUCAGUUACUGAUGAAUUCUUACUGAUAACCUUUUGGCUGUAUUAUAUAAACAGGGUAUAAGAUUAAAUUUCUAAUAUCUAAAUGAAGUCCGCAUUUCUAUAUCGAUAACAAUUUAAAAUAGGCUACGAUUAUUCAUUCGUGAAGACCUAUAAUAACAUUUAAAGCAGCUUCAUGGUAUGCAUCAACUUUUAUUAAGUAGCUACCAUUAAACAGUCAUAAACAGUAUAAACAUUACAGAGGUACAGUAUAUAUAUAUUUAUGCCGGUUCCCUUUGGUGAUCGCUAGUUCUAAGGUCUUGUGAUCCGCGACCCUACAUGUUAGCCUAUAUUCCGCCAAAUGAAAUGGAAACAAGACUUCAGCAGAUUGCAUGAUUACUGAUUGAACCGCUCAUUAUAAAAUAAGGUCGGAUAAAUGGCCAGACUAACCUCUUGAACUACAUUAUUAACCGCUAAUUAUGAAAUACAGGAAGCCAACAUAGACCAUUUAUCCGUAUAUAUGACAUCGUAAUUUCCCGCCAAAAUUCGUGUUUAUAUUUUUAACAUUAAAUUUCGCGUAUUCGCAGCAUAUUUCGAGUUCGUAUUCUUCGGAUAUGCAGGUAGAGUCAAAUAUCUACAAAAAUUCAUUUUCGUAAUUGGAAUUAUUUUUUUAUAUUAAUGAUUUAAUGUUCGUCGCAUUUUCGACAUUAUAUAAGUUCAUAUUCGCCAGUCGCCACAUUUUGUGUGAACUAAUUUGAUUUUUAGCGGAAAUGAAGAGGUAAAUUCGGCCGCCAAAUAGUCGAACACACAUUGAUUUUAUAGACAUUGGUAUUGCGCAAGGUGUAGGCUUAUAGCGAAAGAUUGAAUUGACUCGGCAAACCUAAUAAUAAUACAAAAUUCUGGAGGACAAACAUUUAUAUUUUACAUCGUUUCUUUUAAAAAAUAAUUUAGGAUAAGAGUUUAAUAUUUAGGAGAUUUUUAAAUCAAAACAGCAUUCUUUCAGCCGGCGUAACUUCCGUGUAUAUUGUUUCUUUCAUUGGAUAAUGCUUCUUUAGACAUGCUUUAAAUAAGUUUGAAAGUCUCUACUGCAUAGAAGUAGUUGCGAGCGCGAGAAUCUAUAAUUUGCUUGCUCAAAAAUAAACAGCAUGAAGUGGCCGACUGUUAAGUGUUAUGUUUGACAAAUAACAAAAUCUAUACGAUUCACAUGAUACCGGGGAAUACACAGACACAGUUGGAUACACAUCUAGAUUCUAGAAUUAGGCUCCGGCGAUCGAUAGAAAAUUAGAAAUAACAUUUAGGCCUAUACGUGACAUAUUAAUUUUUACCCCUAGUGGCGGAUUUGACAAGAGUGUAUGAUGUGUGCUUAACAACGGUUUAACUAAAUACUGAGAUUUGUCUGAAUUUUGUGACUGCAUGACAACUGGCAAAAUAUCUCAAAAAUAGAAGAACUGACGUUAUAAUUGAUUUUUUUUCCUUCUAGAAACUGCUUUCCCGACAAUCUUGUUGGAGCUGCAUUUCAAUCUGUAAGUGAUAGCUAUAUGCUGCAUGCAUGUACAUGAGUUUUGGAUUUUUAAAAUUCAACUUUUCAGCACAUAUUAAUAUACAAUUAUUGGAAUUAUCAAAGUCAAGGACAUGGCAACACUUAAGCUUGGAUCAAACGAGGAUACGCAUGAGAGUGCAUGAGCUGAGAGUUUGGCAGUCACGCGACCUUGAGUAGCAGUUCUGAAAUGCUUUCCCAACGAUCAUACUAUUCUAAUUAGGUUGAAACAUAGUUGGAAGACUCGUCAAACCUUUGCUUGUCUUGAAUGUCCCCCGUAACAAAUCUUCCAACUCCGCUCCAGUGAUGUAUAUAGUUCUGAUCCGUACAAAGACAAUUGAUUAUAUUCCAACUCCGCUCCAGUGAUGUAUAUAGUUCUGAUCCGUACAAAGACAAUUGAUUAUAUAUAUAUAUAUAUGUAUAUAUAUAUAUAUAUAUAUAUAUAUAUAUAUAUAUAUAUAUAUAUAUAUAUAUAUAUAUAUAUAUAUAUAUAUAUAUAUAUAUAUAUAUAUAUAUGUGUGUGUGUGUGUGUGUGUGUGUGUGUGUGUGUGUGUGUGUAUAUGUAUAUUUGCAUAUAUGCAUGGCCAGCUAGCCCAGGAGUCUUUGUGUUGGCGCUGGACUCCCUAGACGGCUAGACCUAGUCCCUAUACACGUUCAUUGUAUUAUAUUAAUACGCAUGGCUAGCUAGCCCAUAGGAGUCCAAAUACAGUUUAUGUAUAUGUGUAUGUAUAUACAAGCACAUUCAUGUGCAUAUGUAUACACAGGCGGCCCAAUCUUGCAAGGGUCAGUAAAGAUAUGUCAUAUAAAAUAUAUAUUUUAAAAUCAAAUUUACUUGCCUAUUUGAUAGUGUGUGUUCUCCUUUUAUUCCUCUUUUAUUGAAUUAAUAUAUUUUCCGAAACUUUGCACUCGAUGGUUGCGGCCGCUACUAGUAUACAUAAUAUAUGAUAAAAGCAAACGGCUUCCGAUCGUCGAUCCAUCGGCACAACCGCACAAGCACUUCGAAUCGAAAAUUCACCCCCUCAAAUCGCUUUAUUCUCCAAAUAAAUUCGCCAGCUUGUAGAACAGACGCCGUUCUUCGAAAAUACUGAGAUGCUUCGGCGAGAUGUAUAUAUACGUUUUGGACCAUAUUUUAACAAUGGAAAUCAAAACCCCUUUUUUAUUGAACUUACAAAGACCGACGAUUACUAACCGUUGGGAUUUAUAUGGGGAGUUACAUUAAUUCGAAAUAUGAUCGUUAUAUUCAAGGUAAUUCUGUUCUACAAGUUGGCGAAUUUUUAGAAUAAAGUGAUUUGAGGGGGUGAAUUUUCGAUUCGAAGUGCUUGUGCCGACGGAUCGACGAUCGGAAGCCGUUUGCCUUUAUCAUGUAUUAUGUAUACUAGUAGCGGCUGCAACCGUCGAGCGAAAAGUUUCGGAAAAUAUUAAUUCAACAAAAGAGGAAUAAAAGGAGAACACUCACUAUCAAAUAGGCAAGUAAAUUUGACUUUAAAAUAUAUAUUUGAUGACAUAUUUUUACUGUAAUAUACAUUAAUAUACUGACCCUUGCAAGAUUAGGUCGCAUGUGAUGUAUAAUAACAAAGUAUGUUCGAACUCAUACUCGUUCCCAGGGCCUCUCAGCCGCGCGCGAACUUCAUAGGCUCUGGGAUAUACGGUAACACGGAACCGGAAGUGCAAGAAAACUUGCAGUAAUUUCUAAAGCGCAUACUCUUGAAUUGGGACUCUUUAGCACCCGUGACAAUUUUAACAGAGAACUAUUACGAAGAAACGAAGUGUGUUGACAUAGAAUAAUUUUGCUUAGCGAAAACUGCUCAACCUCUGGGAAAUAGCAGUUCUCUGAGAAGCCAAUCACAUCUCUCCCUUUGGUCGUCUGAUCCAGAGCUUAAUUUGCAACUCUCAUCAACUCUCAUCCACAUUUGAUCAGGGCUAUAGCGAGACCAUCCUCGUACCCAGGGUCUUUUUGGGAAAGACCCCGGUAUUGUCUGGUCACGUGACUCUACAAAAAUUAAUUGCCCAAGGGAGCUUCCACAGAAAACGUUAGAUUUCGAAUACCAGGAGUGGGAUUUUACGAUACAUAGUUCGAAGCGCCCGCUAACUUCUAUUUUAUACCCCUGUUUGCUUUUAAAUUACGAAAACACUGUAGCAUUUUAUCAAUAGUCAAGUCAAGAAACAAAUAAAAUCGUAUACUUUAAAGUUUUAAGUUGGGUAUUCUCUCUCAAAAAAAUUUUGAUAUCAAACCGGUCAGUCGCCAUUAACGUUUUCAUAUAUUCUCUUCUAUCUGUUUCUAAAAUAUGCCAUUAGAUUUGUUGUUAGCAAACGUUAAUAUACUCUGUGUCGAUUUACUAAUAGUACGCGUCUUGUUUAUUGAAGAUUGAUAAAAUUUUGAAAAGUAACUUUUUGCCACAAAAUACAAUGUAAACAUGACACUGUCAAACAAAGACUGAAUGCUCACUUUAAAAUUGUCGAUGCAUGAUUUAUCUUUGAAAAUACUUUUAAUUAAUUCAAUAGUUCAUUAUAUUAAAAACGUGCAGAUAGGUAGGAGCUCUAAAUCUGUAUAUUAAUAACACUAUUUUAUAUAGUGAUUUAUAAUAUAGCAUUUGUAAAUUCUGAACGUUGAUUGGCUAAGAGCCGUGUUGAUAUAACUCAAUGUCAACACGGAAACGUCGGAAACUUUUUCUUUAUAUUUCUUUGUGCUAUAUUAUAAAACUCGUGGAAAUUGGGAAAACUCGAAAUUGUGUGAAAACACUCCGCCCUUCGGGCGUCGUGUUUCCACACAAUUUCUCGUUUUGCCAAUUUCCACUCGUGUUGAUAUAACUGUAUAUCAACACGGAAUAUGGUUUAUAUUUGUUAAAUCUAAACAGAACAGACUAACAUGCAGUGUCCCACACCAGCAUGCAUAAUAAAAGUCAGUAUUAUAUUUCACAAAGUAAAAAUUUCUCGCGUGUUACUAGCCUGCGAACAGGCCCUCAAGUUGAAUUGAGAGCCUGCAUCGACAAUCUCGUACCCAGAGCAAUGCCUGUGUGCGGGCUAGGAUGGCAUUGGCUCUGGGGAAAUUGAAUUUUUCCUGUGCUGUGAUUGGUUUAACGUCUAUCAAUCAUGCAUGCCGACAAAGAACCGGAACCCCAGAAUUUAGGGGUUCCGGUUUCAAUUUCCCCAGAGCCAAUGCCAUCCUAGCCCGCGCACAGGCAUUGCUCUGGGUACGAGAUUGCUGCAUCGAUGACUAAUGAAUUUGAAUAUCUGCGUCUCAAAUCGUGACGCGAAAUUCUCAUUGGUCAGAUGCUAUAAUUUAUAUGUUUCCGCUGAGCUCUAUAUAUGUCAACUGCUGAAGCACUAUGCAUAAAAAACACAUUAACUGAUCAAAUUGAUCUUGGCCAUCUUAUCUCAAAGCAUGAAAUGUUCUGUUUUGAGAAAACAGUAUUUAAAACAUUUAAACUUUUGCUUGAAUAUCUUAUAUUUCGAAAAACAGUAUAAAGUGUACGGUCUAAAUUUAGUUUGCACGGUCUAAAUUUAGUUUGCACAAGUUGUAAACAACACCAUAUAAGGAUAGACAUUCCAUAUUUGGAAAAACGAAAGUUACGGGGCAGAUAUUCAAAAUUGUAUAUCAUCAGUGCAGGCUCUCAAUUCAACUUGAGAGCCUGUUCGCAGGCUAGCGUGUUGCUGUUAGAACAUGCAUCGAUCAACAAAUUACAUAAAUUGUGCAUGGUCUGUAUCCUCUAAUACAUGUGGUCUGUAUUCUGUAAUGUUACAAAUAUGUAGUCACAUACAGUAUUUGUAUAAACAUACAUGAACAGCUAGUGAGCUAGAAGAGUCUUUGAGGCUAUUUUCGGAUUAUUUACCGUAGGUUUAAUUUGAUAACAGGGAGGUAUACUUCGACAUAUUUCUUGAGCAUCAAGUUUCAGCGAAGUCAAUGGCAAUGUUGGAAUUUGGAAAUUUACAACGCUUUUACAUAAUAACAGUCCGAGUAGCAUUGUUUACAAGUAAGGUUUGUUCCGUUUGUAGUUUGCGAUAUUUUAGAAAUCAAAAGAUCUCUCUAUUUCGUUACAAUUCCAUAUCUCAGUAUUAAAUAAAUCCUUUAGGAUAGAGAUCAACAGCUAGAUAACAGCCACAUCGGUCGGUGUAGAAAUAUAUUUUCUUAUAACGUUUGCGACGACGUGUGAUUUCUUCGACGAGUCGUAUAGCAUAAUUUGUCUAUUGAAAUCUGAUCUAUCUUUGCUCACCAACAUUCUUCCCACAAUGAAAUUUGAUAUUCCUUAUUGUGUAACUGGAUAGUAUUCAUGACAAAUAAAAUAUACAAUUUUUUAAAUAUUUCUUGCAUGAUUUCUGCAUUAUUUCUUCCCUCACUCCUUGCUCGGUGACAAAACGCUACUUAGUUAUGCAGGAGUCAAUUCCUGGAGUAAACCCCCCCCCCGGGACACCCCCGGGAAUUUGCCCGAUAGACAGUUCACGGUGGUCGGGAAUUUGCCUUUCAUAUACAUGUACGGGGGCCGGGUAUUGAAAGACCCCGGGGAUUUGACAAAUGGUUGCCCAGAAUCCCACCCUCAAAUUUUAAGGCAGCAAAAUCUAGUUUCAGACACGCAUGUGGGCGCGCUGAUCGUAUUUUGCGUCCUCGUGGUCAAGGUGGCGUGAAAUUUAUUGUCAGAAUAAGCGAAAAUUAUAUCCUGUGCCAUGCAUGCAAAUUUAAAUACAACUAUUAAAGGUUUAUGUUUUAUAAUAUUCCAUAGCAGUUUAAUACUAUAAUGUUAUUAAAUAACUAUGAUUAUGUGCCAUUAAAAGUUUAAUAAACGUUCACAGUCGAUUUCACGCAACUUUAACCACAAAUUUUCCGAACUUCGUUGCGAAGUUCACAAGAUUGUUGCGAAGUUCAAAAGUUUAUAAUGAGAUUCACAAACCAGUUUGUAAGCUACGCAUUUGAUUGGCUUCUUUUACUUCACGGACCAAUCAUGCAGGGACUUGUUUACACUAUUGGGUUGUGAAUUCCAAUAUGAGCUUCCGAACUUCGCAACGAAUAUGCGAACUUCGCAACCGGAAGUUCCGAACAUUUGUGGUCAAAGUUUCGUGAAAUCGACUGUAAAAUCGUCCCCGGGGUGGGGCAUUUUCCACUCUCACCUUGCCCAAGGGCUGUGUAUUAGUCUUUAAGUUGUGUCCCGGCACCCGGGCAUUUAAACUAUCAUAACCAAUCAAAUCAAAUGCCCGGGUGUGUUCCCAGGGGGGGGGAUGGUUACUCCUGGAAUUGACUCAUGCAUUACCCACCCUAAAAGAAAUUCAUUGUUACCUCCCAGAUUCUGGGAGACACGUGACCAGACAAUACCAGGGUAUUUUCUCAGCAGGUGAAUAGAGAGAAAAUAAUCUGGGUACGAGGUUGUAGCGAGACCAUGCUAACUUAGAUAUCACAAAAACCGAAUUCAAUGUUGUUUUGCUAUAUAUAUGCAUUGCAUCCGGCGCUAUUUAACGCCUUCGAUAAAUAACGAUUUAAAUUCCAUCACAGACAGCUGCAACGUUUAGUUCUCAAAAAGUGGGAAAAAAAACUAGUUAUAAGGUCAUAACUAAGACAAAAGAAAUACAAAACUCAUUUAACGUCUACACUAAAAUGAAAAAAAUGUUUUUUUUCAAAAACAAUUUCAAAAAACAAAUCCAUGUUGUUUUUCUCCUGUUUUUAUUAUUUUAUACUAAGCUUGCUAUAAAGUUACUUGCCAGCACAUGCAUAUUAAUUGAAGUUAGUUAGUGAGUUAUUUGGAAGGAGGGGAGACCAAAGUAAAAAGGUUAUCAAAUCGUGGCCGUAAGUGUUCUGGAAGCAUGCCCACCAGGAAAUUUUGAAAUCUAGACUCUCUGAAAUUAACUGGCAUUUUCAGCCAUUUUGCAGUGUUGCGCAACAUUAGACAGUUACUCAAGUAAAGGAUAAUACUGGAUUACAUUACUAAUUUUACAAUUUUCCAACAUUCUUUAUUCAAAAAAGCAACAUAAAACGUAAUUAUAUUUAUAUUAAAAUAAAUAAUAUACGAGUUAUUAAUGAAAUGAUCUUCAAACACUCAUUAAUAAUUCAUAAGCUUAUUGGCAAAUCAUGUCAACCAUAACAUGUCACGUGCAUGCAGUGGCUUUAAACCUGAUAAAACACUCCUAAUUAGUAUUCUUUAUAUAAAGAAUACUAAUCAGGCAGUAUCUAUUGUAGUUGUGUCCUCAUUAGUAUUCUUUAUAUAAAGAAUACUAAUAAGGCAGUAUAUAUCUAUUGAAUUUGUAGUCGUGUUUGAAGCCGUUUAAUAAACUCGCAGGUCGUGUUUUAUUAGGUCUAAAGCCACUCGCGCUGCGCGCUCGUGGCUUUACCUAAUAAAACACUCCUGCUCGUUUAUUAAACAGUACAUAACUAGUACUGACUAUUUAGCUUCAAUCUUCAUGCAGAAUACUCAAUUUCGGGUGGAAGGCGAAACAUAUCCCCCCCUGUUUAACAAUGUAGUGUAUCAGCUCCCUUUCCCACCCCUCCCGCUUCCUACGCUUCUGACGGAUUUAUAAUGCAUCAUAAUUUACUUUAAAAUCAUUUAUGAAUUUAUAGGAUAAGUGUCACAUCACGGACUUUUGUUAUUAGUGAGCUUAAGCAAGCGACGUUUUUGUCAACACGGACGUCACCCGAAAAUUGGUAUAACUAACUUUUGUGGUAUUUUGCAUCAUAGCGCUCGUGUAAGGAAGCAAAAAACUUUAAAAAAUGUUAUGUUUUGUCAUAUGUGUCGAGGAUUACCACAAACUGAUACAAACAUUGUUUUUAAUGCAGUCCUCCCUCGGCAAUCUGUCAUCCGUGUUGACAAAAACGUACUUAAGCCAUUAUAUAAGCUCACUAUUGUUAUUAUCUCAUCCAAUAUCAGCUAAUAAUGAUAAAAAUAGCUGAUUUUGGUACAUUUUAUAAUAAAAAGUAGACAAAAGACUGAGCCAGGAUUCUCAGACGAUGGUUUAAAUAUACGACAGAUUAAAAGAAAAACACAUUUCAGUCCGGAUCUAUAUUGAUCUCCUCGGCCCAUAAAAUGGCCGACAGCAGGAAUUUGAGCCCGGAAUUUCAUGGUGCGACACUAAUCCUUUAAAAAUCUAUUUUUUCGGUUGUAGACUUCAACGAAAUUCACAAAGAAACCUAAGGGUUUCAAAUUUACUAACAAAUCGGUCGAGGAUUACAAGAACUCCGCAAAGAACUUGACCAAAUUAUUAAGAAAUGGCUUUCUAAACCCAUGGAGUGUCUCGUACAAUCAGAAUGUAUUUCAAAUGAUUGAAGAGUCUGGUUCGGAUUAUGAAUAUGACGGCCUCAAGACGGAUGGUCGAUUGAAUAUCAUUGGAAUUCUGGUCUUCUCCAUUGCUUUUGGUAUAAUUUUGAGCAAGAUGGGCGAGCGGGGGAGACCAAUGACUCAAUGGUUUAGUAUUAUGCUGGAAGUUACCAUGAAGUUGGUAGAAAUUAUCAUGUGGUAAAAAUUAUAACUAUUUGUUGUUUCAAUCAUGAAAUAGUUCAUCGAGACAUUCAGCAUUAGCGCAAUUUUAGGAAGCAUCAUAUCUUGGCGGCUUGAAAUUAACAUAUUCGAAUUAUCUCCACUCUUCUGCACAAUUCCACCCUCCUUUUCCCAAUUACAUUCUUCUUUGGAUUUUGCAUAUCUUCGAUGUGAACAAACAUUGUACUGUAUGCUGGGGAAAGGUUGGGGAGAAUAUAUUCUCUAACCUAUAUUAAAAGAAUGAAUAUCCAACCCUUCUUAAAACCACAGACCUCAAAAAUAUGUUUUCAAGGCAGCACAAUCCACAAUCAACAGUGGCGGCGCCAGGGGGGGGGCAAGGGGGGCAAAUGCCCCCCCCUAUUUUUUGCCCCCCCUCAAAAAAAAUUAUUAGUCACUAAGAGCGACUAAAGGCUACACAAGCGUUCUGUCGUUAUCGGAAAAUGUAUGGCUUAUAAGUUUUCAUUACUCAUUAGUGAAUGCGCGUAUACAUGAAACUGUUUUUUACAGUUUCAAUAUUAGUUUGUAAAUCUCUGAAUGGUAAAACUUGCCAAUACUCCAAUAAUACGUUUCAAAAAAAGACAAAAAAGCUUUAGUUUUGCAGAGUUAAAUUCUCAAACGUGUAAGGCAAUAAUAAGAUGAAAGUAUCACGAAAUUAUUUGAAUAAACCACAUCGCAUAUAGUAAGUAAGUAAGUAAGUAAAAACUUUAUUUGACUACGCUAACCCCUACAGCAAGAGCUGAUUUCCAAGAGGGGCGUAGGUUUAAAACUACAAACGUUACACUCAAUUAGGAUAAAUAUAUAUACAAGACUAACACAUUACAAUACAAUUAUACAAUUAUAAUUACUCUACUAUGGUCAAAUAAAUAAAAUUUCAUAAACUCAUUAUCUAACUGGCCAGGUGCCGCAGCAAAUUUCGAAACCGUCGACGGUCGAGCACAUCAUUGAUGGUCGAACACAUCAUUAAUCUCGUUCCCAGAUUCCGAGAGCGCGCAACAAUAAUACAAGCUGCUUUCUCCAAGCCUCAUUUUUAUAGUAUAUUUUGUGUUCAAUAUAUAGAUCACAGUAAGGCUUUUUUAAUAAACACAUUUAAAAAACACAUUUAACGUAAUAAGCACAUUAAAAAAAGCCUUACUGUGGUCUAUAUAUUGAACACAAAAUAAUACAAGCAGUAAUACACAUGGGCGUACCGGAAGAAAAAAAUUAGGGGGGCGGAAAGAAAAUUGCCCGACUUUUCGGGAUUCUGCCCGACUAGUAGCAAAAAUGUUUUUCCGGAAAAAUUAUUUUGGCGACCUCUAAAAAAUUUUCCGGACAACCAAUAUUUUUCGGAACAUAAAAUAGUACGCCUAUGUACGCCCGGUACGCCUAUGGUAAUACAAAGUACACCGUGGAUAUUCGUCCGACAUUCGUGCUUCACGGCUAUUCAUCCGACAACGCUUUAAAAGCUAACACUAAACCACUAAAAGGGUUGCGUUGUUUCUUAAGAACAAAGCAACAACAUAUUCGAUACGCUAUACGUUUCGUACGCGGUGCGUAAGCGAAAAUCACGAAGAAAAAAAAAGUACAAAAAAAAUAAUAAAAUAGUGGCGCGAGCAGGAAUCGAUCCCAGAACGUGGCGCACACAUUACGGGUGCCUAAACCAUUACACUACGAAGGAUUCGCUUGAAAUUCAAUUAAAUUUACGCUGUUUUAUUUUUAACGACUUUAACGAUAUGGAACUGUCGGACGAAUAUCCACUUCCUAUUUAAUAUUGUUGCUAAUAUUGGCAUCUUCCAAGUGCUCAGUAUUUCGUUCUGAAAUGGUUUUCUACAAUCUAUUUGUAAUAUUUUACAAUACUUCAACAUUAAAAUAAUAAAUUUUAAAAUAUACUUACUGCAACACUCUUGUAGAAGGCAUGAUAACCGGUAAACCGAAUCGACUGCUUUGCGUUUCCACUGCUACCUAGCUACCUAGCUUCCAUUUUUCACCCUCCCCCCCUAAAUAUGCAAUUUUUCCUCGCUCUCGCCUUCGCAUUCCCCCCUAGCUUUCCCCACCCUUGCCCUCCCCCCUAAAUAGCGCCUGCUACGCAGGCUAACUGCUACCCGCCAUCUUUUCAAAAAUCUGAACAUUAUUUAUUAUGCCGCGCGAAAUCUUUUCAUCGACUUGGUGUAAGAUGUCACCAAAUGGUUUCACGCGCUAAUUAUCGCUAGCGCGAUCUGGGAACGAGAUUAAUGAUGUGUUCGACCAUCAAUGAUGUGCUCGACCAUCAAUGAUGUGCUCGACCGUCGACGGUUUCGAAAUUUGCGGUGCCGCACCUUUAUUUCGGCGUUUAUUUCUUAGUCUAUCUGGGAGGCCAUUCCACAAUUUUGCUCCUCUAUAACUAAGACCUUUUUUAAGAUAUUCGGUCUUAGGUUUGGGCAGGUAGAGAUUUGUGGCAUAACCUCGUAAGUUAUAAUGUUGAGACGAAGGCGUCUUUUGAAACAUAUCAAUUAGUUGUUUGGGCGCUAGAUCGUGGGUUAUUUUGUACAUGAGACUUGCUACAAAUUGAGUUCUGCGUUCUUUCAAUGUUUUCCAGUUUAGUUCAUUUAAAGCAAGUUCAGAUUGGCCGUGUUCGUUUUUACGACCCGUAAUUACUCUAGCAGCCCUAUUUUGUAAUUUUUUGAGGCGAUCAGAGAGUGUGAUACCAAUAGUAUCCCAAACUUCGCAGCAGUAGUCGAAGUGGGGCAAUAUAAGUGCGUUAUAAGCACAUAUUAAUGUAUUAUGGUCCACACAGGGUUUGAGUCUUCUGAUCGCUCCAAUUCCGAAUGAAACCUUCUUAGCAAUUUUGUCAAUAUGCUUAUUCCAUGACAAAAAUUCAUCAAUACAUACUCCAAGUGCUUUUGUUUCUCUCAUUCUUUUAAUUUGUACAUCGCCAACGAACACAUUUGGAACAAGGGCUAGAUUGUUGACGUUAUGCCGAGAUCCAAUUAGUAGGUAUUCAGUUUUAACAAGAUUGAGGGAUAGUUUGUUUGCAGAUAGCCACCGCUUUACGUUAGCAAGAUCAUAAUUAAUGGCCAUUUCUACAUCAGCAACUGAUUUACCAGAUGCAGUUAAUGUCGUAUCAUCGGCAAACAUUCUUGUUGACGAAUACUCCAAACUGUUUGGCAAAUCAUUAAUAUAAACCAAAAAUAGGAGCGGCCCAAGAAUUGGGCCUUGAGGGACUCCACAUGUAAUUAAUUUUUUACGAGAAAGUGUGCCAUUAACAGAGCACAUUUCAGUUCUGUUUUCUAGAUACGAUUUUAGGAGGUUUAAAGCUGAUGUUUCUAAACUAUAAUGAAGGGGGGCGAAUGUCCUAAAAACGGGCGAUAUUCCUAGGGUAUUCGCCCCACCCCCCUGGGAGGCGAUAUUCCUUGGAUAUUCGCCCCCGGGGGCGAUAUUCCUAGGAAUAUCGCCACGUUUUGAGGGGGGGGGGGUGAAUUUCCUGGGGGAGGGGGCGACCUUUUUAAAAAUUCUAUCUUGCCCCCCCUAAAAUUUGAGUUUGCCCCUCAAAUGCCCCCCCCCCCGCCCCAAAUUUGGAAGCCUGGCGCCGCCACUGACAAUCAAUAAUAUCCUGCGUAAACAAAAUAUAAAACUUUCUUCAUAGGAAGUUUUCAGAGAAUCUGCGGUGACACACCUAAGCUUCAAUUUCAACAAAUGACAAUUCCAAUUUUCUAAACGGAUUUGGAAUACAAGCAAAUCAUAUGGGUGAUAUAACAUUCUAAUAGAUACGAUGACAAAGUCUUCUGCAAGACGUAAGAAAAGUUCCUUUCUGACAGUGGUGUUGCCAAUCAUUUUCUAACAGCCUCUUCCGUAGGCAACACCCCUUAUACCCUCUUGACUUUUUAAUAUAAAUGAAAACAUGAGAUAAAUGCGAAAGUACUUGGAUUGUUUCUAUAGGUUCUGCCAACUUGCCACUAGCAUGAUGUAUACUUUAUCAACAUAUGUUUUCUUUGUCUUUUUCAACAUUUGUUUCAAUAUCAAUUAUUAUCAGCAUUUGUUUUCUAGGUUUUCUCCUAUUGGAAUUUGCAGUCUAAUAGCAGGCAAGUUGGCCGGUAUGGAGGAUAUUAAAGAUAAUCUAGAAAGUCUGGGAUUGUACAUGUUAACUGUCAUAGUUGGACUACUUAUUCAUGCCUUAAUUACACUGCCAAUAAUCUACUUUGUUAUCGUAAGGAAGAACCCUCUGUACUUCUUCUUUGGAAUGGGAAGUGCUCUACUAACCGCAUUUGGAACAUCAUCAAGGUUUGACGUUUAAACUGUUGUUAUUUUCUGCUUCUAGUUCUACUUUAGAUAAAACGCUAAAUAGGGGCUGGGAUGUUGGAAAUAGUAAAGACUUAGUUGACAGUAGAUAUAGCUAAUUGAUAUUUAUUAUGUAAUUAAACUAUGUAAUUAAAUUUCGAGAAUCAUUAUGGGACAGUUAUGCCUGAACAUAUGAAUUUAUAUAUACAUAUUUUAGAUAGAUAUAUAUGUUUUAAUUGGAGGACGUCCCUGAAAAUCACUGUAAACGUGACGGGCGCUUCCUCUGUAAAGAUUACAUAUUAUUAUUAUUAUUAUUAUUAUUGAUGUUACUCUGAGUGUGCAUCCACACCGGGCAAGCUGAAAAGUUAAUUGGCCAAGCCACGGUGGGAAUCGAACCCGCGACCUUUGGGAUACUAGUCCAAUGCUUUGCCGACUGAGCUACGCAGUCAAGUCGGUUCGAGUUGAUGAUAUUUCGGAACAGAGUCUAGUUCCUUCGAUAUCAGUGUAUUGUAAGAUAUGAUAUUUGUGUGUGUUAGUGUUAUGUACUCAGGUGAAUAUGAUGUUUGUGAUGUUACUCUGAGUGUACAUCCACACCGGACAAGCUGUUCCAGGUCGCGGGUUCGAUUCCCACCGUGGUCAAGCAAUUAACUUUUCAGCUUGCCUGGUGUGGAUGCACACUCAGAGUAACAUCACAAACAUCAUAUUCACCUGAGUACAUAACACCAACACACACAUUUAUUAUUGUUAUUGUUAGUGUUAGCGUUAGCGUUAGCGUUAGCGUUAGCGUUAGCGUUAGCGUUAGCGUUAGCGUUAGCGUAUUGUUAUUGUUAUUAUACCGGAAGUUUAGUGUUGUUUAUUCACUUCCGGUGAAAAAACAAAAGUACUUCCAUAGAUUAGUAAGGAACGCACUAGCGAAGUCUAAGGUUAAUCAAAUAUCGUGGGCGCAUGGCUAUGAUCCAAGGGUGGACCUCCUCACUGAUCUCAAAAAUAUGGCUGUUUGCCAGGAGUGGGAUAAGCACACUGAGGAUAUUAAAGCAAGAUUUCAAUUUUCAAAAGGGUAUAUUUGGAAAAUCACGUUUCACGCAAUGAGCUUUGAAGCAAUUUUUGUUUGAAAAAAUGAGAAGAAUUGAUUUACUAUGGAAAAUCGUAAAAUAUAGGGCAAGUUUGCAUUGAAUGUUUAAUGUUUAUGAAUUUUGUUGCUUUAUUAAUAAUUUAUUGCUUAAAACAUGCACUCUGUUUUCCUUUUCAAUGAAGCUGUAAGUUUCCUAAAUUACCCUAGCUGUUUAAUUUAAGAAAAAAAGGUAAAUGUAAAGGAGAGCAAAUUAAUUUGAAGACCUACUGAAAUUACUCGACAAUUUGAAGUAAAAACUGUUUAUCGGCAAAAGCAGUUUAGUUAUUAAAAUGAACAUUUCAAAUUAAAACAUUUUACGAAGCGAUUCAGAUUAAAUUUUACAUUAAAUCAAAACUCACAAAAUCAAGAACAAUAUGCCCACAGUACAUAUUUCGGAAAUUCAUUGUUAUAUAGUUAAAAGCUAGCCUCCUCCGCAGGCAACUAUUUGGAACAUAUGAGGGAUAGUUGAUUUGAUAGUUAAGGGAUAGUUGAGAGAUAAGGAGGGAAAAUUGGGGAAAAGGCGAGGAGUUCGCCUCGCCUUCCCAAUUUUUUCCGUAUCCCUCAACUAUCCCCCAACUAUGAAUUUAUUUGUGGUGUUUCAAGAGUUUCAAGGAGGCUAGUUAAAAGCAAUAAUCGUUCCACCAUUUUUGCCGUGUUGUACAAAAGUAUAAUAAAAAUUAAAAUUAUCGUGUUGCCAUGGCAACACUGACGUAAACGCAAGCCUGCGUUCAGUGUUGAUCAAUUUAAUACUAAUACUUUUUGUUAAAUCAAUGUUUGGCAAAUAUGGGCGAGAAGUUGCUGCAUGCAACAUGUAUUUCUAGUUUUAUAUAAUAAGAAUAUAAGAGGGGAAGGAAUUGAUGGCUAUAGGAGCUAAAAAUUAAUCAAUCCCAGAUUUAAAAACUAAUAGUACAUAAUUUCUUUACAGUUUUUAAUUUAGUUCACAGUUAAAGAUUUUUCUAUACUUUUCUCUACAGUGCUGCUACGAUGCCGGUGACAUUGAAAUGCCUUGAACAAAAAAACAAUAUUGAUCCGCGAGUUGCACAGUUUGUAAUCCCUAUCGGGGCGACAGUCAAUAUGGAUGGAACAGCUCUUUACGAGGCUGUGGCGCCAAUUUUUAUAGCUCAACGCCAUUAUGGGGGAUCCGUUGAUUUUGGAAAGACACUCCUUGUGUGGUUAGUUACUUGGCAUUGACCUCUUAUAUUAUAUUAUAUAAUGUAUAUGGUCAUGCAGCCAUCCUUGAAUCUAUGAUGUAUAUAUAUAAUUAUUAAGGUUGUAUCUAAUUAACUGUUGCUAUAGAACAGACUUUACCAUAUUAAAGUAAUAUAGCCUUGAAAGGAGUAGUUCGUGCCGGGGUGGUUUAGUUAGCCGUCCACAUGCAGCUGGAUAGGGUCAGGGGGCGAAUACCCCGGUUAAGGUCAGGGGCUUAGUGUCAGGAUGUGGGGUGAGUGUGAGGUGCUCAAUACAAAAAAGUGCACCUGUAAUGGCUGUAUGAUGAUAUACAUCGUAAAAAAUAAGAGCUUGGCUAUGUAUUGAGUAAUACUAUAGUCAACGCUUGCUAUUUUACGCAUGCGCAACUGAUAGGUUGCUCUGAUACAAAGUUCAAAUGCAGUGCUUCGAUUAGCAUAAUCUUCAGAUUGGGGGAAAUAAAACUGAACCGGACGAGUUCGUUUUUCAAUGAAAGGAGAUCAAAAUUAAGAUGCAUUAUAAGAUGCAAACAUCGCUUCGUCGAAAGGUCAUGUUUGUGCAAAUAACAUGGCUAAAUAUAAACAGGAAAAUGCUUCCAUUACAAGCAACUGCUGAGUUAAAUUUUACUGCCACUGUGUUCAACUGCUCCCAGUCUGUCCGAUUGAUACGUAUCCUUUUGAGAAUGUGUAGCUAUCAUUUGCAUUCAAAUAACAUAAUUUACAGUGUUGCCACAGACACUCAAAAUUAAACAACAAAGUAACAAAGUUUUCAACAUUGUAUUAUUUUAGUAUAACAGCAACCAUCGCAUCUAUUGGAGCGGCAGGUAUACCAUCAGCAGGCUUGGUUACUAUGAUUCUUGUCUUACAAGCAGUUGGUCUUCCAUCAGAUGACAUCGCUUUAAUUGUUGCAGUUGACUGGUUUCUGUAUGUAUAUAUUUUAUUUGCAUAUCUUUACAUAACGGAGUAUAAAUUACAGCCUCUUAAUACAUGCAUAGGAAACUGUUGGGUGUUUAAUAGACUUUGGCUCACCAUGUACAUAUAGAUGGAUUUCAAACAAUCUCAUGAGACUUUACAGAGGCAGAUGCGGAUCAAAUAAUAAGAUUCAAAUGACUAGUUUCUGUUGUUUGAGUGCCCCCCAUGUGAUGCGACUGAAACUCGGCAUGAUGAAAGCCACCUGCAAAAUACAAAGACAAAUUCGCCAUAUUGACCGCUAAACCUGAACAGUUCAAUGGAUGUGAAUUGUAUAUAAAGAAGAAAAAUGGAAACAUAAAAGCCCAGGUUUGAACUUCCGAAUCUGCCCCCCCCCCCCUUCAACCCGCAUUGAAACAACGCCUGAUUGCAAGUUAGCUUCAAACGAUUACAUCAUUAAUUAUGUGUACACGAUCGCACUUGAUAAACCUGACGAGUUAUGAUAAAUUUAGGUGUUUACGUGAGUAAUCUGUUUGUGUUAAUGACUUAAAUCUAUUCGUUUUAAAUGUGUACCCGUUGCAACCAUAGUAUGCAUCCGCACUGCACUAAAAAAAUUAUGAAUACAUGCAAAAGGCAUGGGGUGCACUUGCACCUGCUGCACCCGUGUUCCGGCAUCCCUGCAUGGACACAGAUUUAGUGUAAGGCAAUUAGAUAUGCGAACGCGCGCAUGAACAGGGAUUAGGUCCCAGCCCUGGCGUUGCCAUAGAAACAGAAAAAAUGAACGUGAAAUAGACGGCCUUGUUCAUGAAUUGCAAUCGGGGCCUCGUAUCCUAGGAAACGGGGAAAAACGCGGGAAAAUUGACAAAAAGUUUUUUGCUGCUGGCUAUUGCACGAGUAAUAAAAAUCUUGAAUUAAAACGGAGCAGCUUUUUUGGGAAAUAUUAUCUAUAAAACAGCAUGAAAGCUGAAAUAAUACUCCUGAGAAAAUAUAACGUGAUAUUUAACGUAAAAGAUGCUGGGGUCAAUCGGAAAAGGAAACCUUUGGCACCGUCGUCGUCGUCGUCGUUGUUUGUAUGGCCAAAACAAACAACCAACAAGGCAAAAAACUAAAACGUCUAUACAACACCAAAAUCGUAUGAAAUAUGAAACUAGUGUUGAAGAAAUAAGAUUACAACCAUAGAUAUCUUAUAUACACUAGAUAGCGCAUCUCUUUUAGUAAAAUUGAAGCCAAGAAUAUUCCAGCGGUUACUCCCAUUUGAAUAGAUGGCGGCCAUGUUGGUCGUUCCCACUCGCUAAUAAACGCUUAAAAACAACAAUAACUUUCAUCAUUUAAAUACUUUAAAAAUGUAUUCGGAAUAGGGUUAACUUAGUAUUUAAGUUCCCUGUUUAAAAAAUAGUAAAUAUACGAAUUUUCUCUCAUUUCAUGGGAACGACCUGAGACUGCAAUCACGGCUUCAAUUUUUGAAUUGCAGAUUAAUUAGAUGCACUAUCUAGUGUAUAUAAGAUAUCUAUGAUUACAACUCACUCAGCCUCAGGUAAUCUAGCUUUCAUUUUUUUUAAACCACAGACACAGUUCAUAUUUUUCCAUGCGAAUCAAUAACAUUUGACGUUUUCUUGUGAUGUUUGGCCUCUUGUUUUCUUUCAUAUUAAUUUCAAAUUAUAAAAAUAUAUAAACUUUCGUUCCAUAGUUGUCUUGAUUUUUCACGUAAUAACCUAUACACUGUAAAAACAGAUUGGUUGAAAUGACCAAUUUAAAUUGAUUCUCUCAGACGCAUUAAUUUAACCAAUUUUUAUUGGUUAAAACAACCAAAAAAAAUGGUUAAAACAACGAGUCGUUUUGACCAAAUAAAAUUGGUCAAAAAGAGAUGCGUCUGAGACAACCGAUUUAAAUUGAUCAUUUCAACCAAUUUGUUUUUACAGUGUAUAUUGACGUUAAGAUCUCGUAAAAUAAUGUUUUUCGCUUCUGGAUAUAAACACCAUCGCUACGUUGUCAUAUUUUCACAUUUUCCACACAAAAAACGGGAUCGAGAAAAACCGGUCGUUUUUUAUAAUAUAGUCGUUUAUAGCUUUCGCUGUGAGCACAAAAUCUUAAAAUGCACAGAAAAAUCGUUAAAACGAAAUAAGCAACGAGAAACAAGCCGUUAAAUUCGAUACAAUGGCGUCUGAGUUUGGCUUGUCAAGCAGCUUUCACUUGUUAUCCCGCGUUUAUUUCCGUUUCCUAGGAUACGAGGCCCCGAUUGCGAUUGAUGAAUAAGGUCUAUGGACGUGUGCGAAUGAAUCCUAAUCGAAUAAAUCCUAAAAAACUAAUAAAAGUACGUUUUAGUUCGUAUUUCCCAAAUUGGGCCGAGGUAACACAGGUUAAUGUAAUUUUAACACUUUGCAGGAGUGCAUUUUAGUAAAAACAAGGCACCUAGGUGCUCAGGCGUUCACACUGGCCUUAUAAUGCGUGCUGGUGUGUAAGGGUAGAAUAGUUGGUAGAACAGUUAAUAUACUACAAAGGCCCCAAAACUCCAAAGGCCCCCAAGUCACGUUUAAGCAUAGUUUAAGGAUUUAAUUUUAAACCGUCCGGUAGACAGGCUGUAGGGUUCAACUAAUACGCAGGUAAUAUACCAGAAACAUUUGAGUAUGCUAAGUUUCAAAAUUCAAAGAACACUAUAUCUAUAUAGUAAUAAACAAACAAGAUAAAAAAUUCUAUUGCAUAUAGUUUCCGCUCCUUACCUUGCAGCCAUUUUGACUUGAUCCCGUAAUCCAUUGCGGUCAGCGGUUCACUUCAUGUACGUAGGUCGAUUUCACGUUGACGAAAAAAAUGAAGAAUUUUUGCACAGAAAAUUAGGGAACCUCAACACUGGGCCUUACGGCCAGUGUAAUUAGGAAAUUGCUACACCUAUUCUUACACACAAAUUAUCAAAUAAGUAUCUUUAUUAUAUAAACAUAUAUAAACAGAAAAAUACAUGGGUGCUUGGAAAUACCAGAUUUAUUUCUCGUGUUGAACAUGAUAUCUCACUCGUUCGCUGCGCUCAGUCGUGAGAUAUCAUGUUCAACACUCGACAUGCAUAAAUCUGGUAUUUCCGCGCACCCAUGUAUUAUUCUCUAUAUCUUAGUCGCAAUUAGUACCUACCACUUGGGCUGGGCUACAUUUUGUUUAAAUGCGAAAUAACAAACAAUUCUUGCAAAUAUAUUUCAUUUUUUGAGAUUUUCAUUAAAUUAAUCAAUUAUUUAAAACAACUAUUACAACACUGAAGAUAAGCCAUGCAUGGAACCAAACAAAAGCAGAAAAUUAAAAAAAUUUAAAAAGCCGAAAGACUUGCUAAAGAGGGGAGGAAAGACGCCGACGUUUGCUACAAGAGACCGCUGAAAAACAUUAUUCAGAAACCCGAAAAACAGUUUAUUUAUUCAUAAAAAAAGGUCGGGGCAAGUAUUGCUGGAAAUCUUAAAUGUUGAUGUAUUGUUUGCUCUAUAAUCAGUUGCUUUAAAAACUGAUGGUUGCGUGCAUAUAAUGAAAAAACACAGCAUAUAAUUCAGUGUAUUUUUAUUAAUUACCCUUUUUUUACUCUUAAUCAAAAACCUUUUUGAAAAUAAUUUUGAAACAAAUAAUAGCGAUAUUACUUAAUUCUAGGACUAAGUAUAAAGUUUUGAACGACUCGAGUCCGAUUGAGUGGCAAUAAUAUUUUAAAUAAUGUUAAUUAAAAUCAACGCAAUAUAAAUCAUGCACGCUGUAGCAUCGAAACGUCGUUUAGUAAAUCUAAUAUCAUAUUAGAUUUACUAAACGACGUUUCGAUGCUACAGCGUGCAUGAUUUAUAUUGCGUUGAUUUUAAUUAACAUAUUUAAAAUAUUAUUGCCAUUCAAUCGGACUCGAGUCGUUCAAAACUUUAUACUUAGUCCUAGAAUUGAGUCCUUUGUGUUUGUUUUGUUUAGUAUGCGGGGUUUUUUGUGUACACGUUUGAUAAAUUUAAGAAAGACAGAAAUUUGUUUAAUGUGUUUUUAUGUUUUAAUGUAUUUUAUGUAAUUUAUCUAAUUUAUUAUGCGUAAUAUAAAUUUGAAUUUUGCAUGCUAACGCAAUAAUUUGCUAAUUAACGUGACACGAACCGUUUAAACACAGAGGAGAGACAAAGUUAUUUUCAUGCGAGAAUUUGAAAUCAUUUUAUUUCAAACUCCACGUUUAUCGAUAAAAGCAUAGGCAGCCCAGCAAAUAUGUGUAUUCACUUAAAAAUGCGUUAAAAGCUUAAAAAUGCGUAUAAAGUUCGUCUGACUUUGUCAUCAAACGAUUUAUUGUGUAGCUGAUUAUAUAUGCAGAUUACUAUGUUUACGUCGCUUGAUCAGCCUCGUACCCAGGCUCUUUAGUAAUUAAUAGCGUUCAGAGCUCUGGGUGAGCUAGUCGCAAUCCCCGCGCGCCUAGCUCAUCCAGAGCUCUGAACGCUAUUAAUUGCUAAAGAGCCUGGGUACGAGGCUGUCGCUUGAUGGCAAAGUCAGACGAACUUUAUACGUACACAUUUUUAAUUAAGCGUUUAAUGCAUUUUUAAGUUUAGUGCAUUUUUAAGUGAUAAAAGGCAGUUUAGUUUUAAGAACAUUUUAAAAACGUUUUGCGGAAAAUAUAGUGGUUUUGCCAGCAAGGCGAGGGGUUUCUGCAUGGAUGUCUUUCUAUUAUUUUAUUAUUGGCAUUAUUUUUCUGCAUGGAAACAGUGGAAUUAUUAAUAAGAAAGCUGCGAAUUGAUAGGCAUACAACUAUCUGAUACAACAUUUUGUACAUUUUAAUUUUGAGCUAGCUUACAAGGCAGUAUGCCUUUUCAAAACCUCUUAUGUUUAUAUUCAGUUCCAAGUUUCAACUCUCAAACCGUUGCCAAUGAAAUACUCAUGGCACUUCCUGUUAUCUGCUGUUGUUGUCAAUUUGCGAGCCAUGCCUCAACAAGAAAAAUCGGAUGGUAUUUGGCGCGCUUGUAAAUGUUCGAAGUUCGUCUCUCCCUAUUUUCUCUCAUAUUUUCGCGUCUGUUUUCACCGCUCGCGUACUUCGUCCAUUUUCAACCCCUUGAGAGACGGGCUAUUUCCAAGUCUACAUUUACACUAAAUCAGUGUCUACAGAGCUGCAAUGAUUUAUACCAUUCGGCAUUAUAGCAACGCCCAGAAAUUUAUUAUAGUUCUAAAUUAUAAUAUGUAUGUAAUUAUUUCUGGUGUUCACAAAACUAUCGAUUAAUGGUUACAAUUUUUUAGAGCAUGUUUUUUUUAUGUUUACAGAGACCGCAUUCGUACAACAGUUAAUGUAUGGGGCGAUUCGUUGGGAGCGGCAAUUGUCGAACAUCUUUCACGUAAAGAUCUCCUCGCUGUUGAUUAUGGAAAUGAACCUCUUCCUGGAGCAGUCGAUCGUACAGAAGGCCAUGAGAUGGACGAGGUCACUCCACUUGAGAACGCUACUGAUGAAUUUACAUAUUUGUAAAUAUAAGGGAUGCACAGACAUUUAAUUUUUUAUAACAUUUCAUCUGAUCUUGUAAAUAUUUCUUUAUUGCUGGUGUUUAUCUACUUUAAGGGUGGUAAAGGGUAUUUUUGUCUACCGUGAUUAACAAUAUAUAUUUGUUCUCGUGAAAUGUGAAAUGACGGAUUUUUGUAUCGCGUGAAACGUGCAUGACACUUAGAUAUAACAAUUAUAUUUUAUUGCAUGCACGUAGUUCUUGAUCUUUACUAAAUAUAUCGAUUGGUUUUAAAAUAUAUGUCUUUCAAUGUUGAGCUUUCAGUGGAUCUAACACGUUCUACUAUAGGGUCCAAUAUUCUAUUUAAUUAGCCAAAAAUGGUGCAAAUUUUGUAUUUUUAAACAAAUUUGCACAAAAGUAAAAAAAUACACAAACAUUGCCAAUUGGUGCAGGAAAAAGAAUCAAUUGCCAUUAAUGCAAGCAAAAGAAUCAGCAAAUUUAUUUUGCCAAGACAACGUACUGAUCAAAUUUAAUUAAAAUUAACAAUACAUUGAAUAGACUACUCAGAAGUAGGGGCGGGGGGGGGGGGUCAAGUAGGAUUAAAAAACGCAAACCACUGUGCAAACGUAGAAUGUGACAUCCAACAGUCAACAUAUAUAUGUAUGACAUUUGCAUUAAUUGAAAGCAUCUCAAAUUUACAAGUCAAAAUAUCUCAAAGUCAUCAAUUAUCGAAUACAUCUCAUAGUGUGAUCGAUUUAUCGACAACAUAAAUGCUAUCAAUUUAUUAAAACAUGUCAAUGUAAUCGAUUUAUCGAUACCAUGUCAAUGUUAUCGAUUCAUUGGAAACAUUUUGCUAUUGAUUUUGCAAAUAUGAACAAGUUCGACCAAAUCAACACAUUUUAGCAAUAAAAUAGAGAACUAAACUACUGUAUUCAACUAAGUAUUACUGUACAUAUGUACACCUCAUAAAAUAUAUAAAUUGCUAUGUUUUGGUGUGACGUGAAAAAUUUAUAUUCAAUAUCAAAAUGAAACAUUUACAAACAGACCAAUACAAUGAAAGGGCAGAGGCUAGUAGGGCCCCGCAUAUUGUGUACUGCAUGUAAUGCUCCUCAAAACUUAAGACAGUAAAGCUGGAUACAUGUGUAAUGUCGCAUUGAGUACCAAUCAUUCAAAUUAUGACAGCUGAUGUACGUAUACCCCAUGCAUUUAGCUGUGCUGAGCUCUGUCAUAUUAUUGAGACCGGCUAUAAACGGAGAGUUAUGAAGUGGAGAGUUAUCUCGGAGAGUUAUGAUUUCGGAGAGUUAUGUUCGAACCACGCCCACUUUUCCCAACGACCACACCCAAUUUCUUAACUCUCCCGACGUUUCCUUGAACUAACAUGAGAGAGUUAUGUUUGACGUAACUCUCUCUCGUUAACAUUAUGAAGAUGUUAGAGAGUUAUCAUUUUUUAUAACUCACCGCGUUCACGAUUGUGGCAAUGAAGAGAGUUAUGUCAGUUUUUUGAAAAAAAGUUCCACAUUUUAGUAAAUUAUUCUGAAUUUACUUUUUUCUCAAGUUUCAGCUUUAAUAUUCCACGCUAGUAGAAACUAGUAGUAUUUUAGUACUUACCAAGUGAAGCAAGUACGAGUAAAUAAAUUAUUAUACAUGCUCACUUGGAUUACCUACAAAGCCCAACAUUCAGAUACAGCUCUCGUAUUAGAUAGAACCAGAAAACGUAAUACCAAUGUAAUGCCCUAUAUUGGCUGAUAUGGGAAAAUAUUUGCAAAACUGAAUUUCUGAAAGAUUCAAUUUUCGCAAUUUUUUCAAUUUUCUUGCAACUAUGCUUACCGUAUUUACUGCCAAAUACACGUCAAAACAUGCUUCUGGGGGUACUUUGACCCUUCUGCGGCAAGCAUCUCGUUUUGAUCGCGAGUCAAGUUGUACUAUUUCCUGUUUGGACGCAUGCUAUUGACACGCUACAAACUGAAAUACCAAAAUAUAAGAUGAAAAUCUGACAUAACUCUCUUCAUUGCCACAAUCGUGAACGCGGAGAGUUAUAAAAAAUGAUAACUCUCUAACAUUUUCAUAAUGUUAACGAGAGAGAGUUACGUCAAAAAUAACUCUCUCAUGUUACUUCAAGGAAACGUCGGGAGAGCUACGAAAUUGGGUGUGGUCAUUGGGGAAAGUGGGCGUGGUUUGGGCGUAGUUCGACCAUAACUCUCCGAAAUCAUAACUCUCCGAGAUAACUCCAUAUUAUUGCUGCGGAGCGAGCGAGCCUGAAGCGAGCGAGCGUAGCAGCAGCCUAAUAUAUGCAGAGAGGGGGUUUUGAAAUAAAUUUUAUUAAGCGCAUGGAAUUGUGGUCGUGCGCGCUUUCUAUGCGCAGAACACACAUUUUAAACUCGCUCGAGUCUUCGAAUUUUUAUCGAAUUCUAACGCUUUUUCAAGUCUAAUGUUGCGCUUACAAUUGUUUUAGACUUUGGCAACUGUCAGCUCUAUAUUUUUGUAAAGUUUUGGUUUCUUAUUGUGAUAAAUCUGUGUAUAUAGUCUAUAUAAUGUGGUAAAUGCACCAGCAGUAAACAGACUUGAUAUGAAAUCUGAUCUUAAUUUACCUGUAUGUCAAUGAGACGCACAUGUUUAAUAUCUGUCACCUCUGAUUGCCCUUUAACCCCUGGUCUUUGCUACUUCAAUAUAUAUUGCUCCUUCUCAGUUCGAUUCGCAGCUCACUAGUCGCUGCGAGUAAUCGCUGUGCUUGAUAUAAUUUGUGCUGUUUACUGUAGUUCUAUUUGCUUUUAAUGCCCGCAGCAAUCCCUACCUUGCAG